UAUAGCUACGAUGUUUUAAUUAUUCUUGCCUUCCUUGGAAUAUUCAAGUAUAACUUGAAAACACCUUCAUCUUGUCAUUCACCAAAUAAACCCCAAAGUUAUCAACACUACAUAUCAGAUUCCAAAACACGCACGCGAGACUACACCAUUACCUACCAUGGCGUUCUCCAUCCUAUUCUUCUUCACACGCAAAGACGGCGUCUCUCCUGAGGAGUUCAAGGAGCACCUCGAAAACAUUCACAUGCCUAUACUACAAGAGGUAGCUGGUCCGCACUUCCCGCUAUCACACAGACGGCACUAUAUCCAACGCACGCAAGGCCAAGGCGAGGGCACAACCCGGAAUGCCUCGAGCCCAGCUCAAGUGCUUCUUGGGUCCCAAGCUGACUUUGAUUACGACGUCGUUGCCGAGCUGACGUUCCAGGAUGCUGCGGCCUUUCAGACUUUCAUGGCGUUCUCACACACCCCUGAGAAAGCAGCAAGGGUUGGCGCUGAUCAGGAGCUCUUUCUGGACCGCUCUCAGUUGCGCGCUGUUGUCGUAGGCGGGACCGAAGUCACGAAGCGGGAAUAGGGGGUAUGCCAGACAAUGGCAAGUAUUGUAGCACGGACCAUUGUUACGGACUACCUACGUGUACCUACCUAUUUAGAGACUGGAAUAUUGGCGAUAUUGUUGGCGGGAAAACAUGAAGGAGUUCAAAUGUUUUCAAUGUUCCAACGUUUUAACUUCUCUC